AUGGAAGACUACAAUAAUUCAUCUGCGAACAGAACAGUCAUUGCAGAAGAAUCAUCAACUGCUGCGAUUAUUCUCGUUCUAUCCUCGGCUGUCUUAAUUUCAUGUUUGAGUAAAAUCGUCUUCAUCAAAUUUCUUCACCAUCGAAUCAAUCUUUCAUUUUAUAUCGUUGUUUUACUUUUGGGUUUUGUUAUUGGCACCAUAGCGACACAAAUCAAAGGACGAUUCAGUGAAGAUGAUUUUCUCCGAGGUGAACUUCAUCUCAGUAAAAUAAGUCCAAGAUUAAUCUAUUAUAUAUUUCUUCCAAUUAUUAUCUUUGAUGCAUCAUUCAAUGCACACUUUCAUGUUGUUAAGCAACAAUUGAUCACCACGAUUUUAGUUGCAGGACCCGGUGUUCUCAUUUCGACUGCAUUCAUUUCAUUAUUUGUUGUUUACCUCUUUCCAUCGGAUUAUCAAUGGUCAUGGAUAACUGGCCUUUUAUUUGGCAGUAUUUUAAGUACAACAGAUCCAGUCACAAUCAUUACGAUGUUAGGAGAUUGUGGAGCGAGUCAUUCCUUAUCAUCGUUGAUUGAUUCGGAAUCAUUAUUGAAUGAUGGAUUAGUUUUUAUGCUUUUUCCAGUGUUGACUCGAAUUGGUCUAGGUACUUCUCAUACGGUUGGACAGAUCGUUUGUGAUGUUCUUCGGUAUGGUGUUGGCGGAGCUUUGUUCGGUUUAUUCUGUGGUUUUAUAUGUGUAUUUGUCUUGAAUCGAAUUAAUAACGAAUUAAAAAUCGAAAUUACGAUCACAUUCAGUGUGACAUACCUUGUAUUCUACAUCGCAGACGCCGAAUUGGGUGUUUCCGCGGUGGUUGCAUUGAUGUUUAUGGGCUUAUACAUGGCCAAACACAAAUACUGUAUCAGUAGUAACGUUCAAUUAUCACUCGCUGGUGCAUGGCAAAUCAUCAUUUUUGUUAUCAACAUUCUCACAUUUACUCUAAGUGGUCUAAUUUUAGCACAUACAUUUGUCGGCAUUGAAAAUACAUUGAGCAGUCGUGAUUUCGGAAUCUCUCUCGUACUUUAUUUACUAAUUCAUGUCAAUCGAGCGUUAACAGUUGGUGUUUUGUAUCCCGUGAUCACAUGGAGUGGAAUACAUUUAAAUCGAAAGGAAUGUGUAAUAUUCGCAUGGAGUGGAAUACGCGGUCGACAAGCUUUGAUUCUCGCUCUUUUGGUGUACUUGGAUAAGAAAACUGAACGUGCGACGAGUGAACGAUUUCUUUUCAAUGUUUCAAUGUUGGUUUUAUUAACACUGACAGUGAAUGGAACUAGUAGUAAAUUUCUUGUGAAAAUGCUUGGACUGGAUNCGAAAUUUUAUGUCCGAUUCUAA